AUGUUUUUCCGAUUCGCGAUUUUUGUGGGCCUAGGAUCAGUUGUUGCAACAAUUAUCUACUUGACUCCCAUCCCAGAUGGCGCGGAAAGUUCCUGCAUUGACAUACUUUCUACGAAUAUCCGUCGUCGUCCUGAUGAACAAACUUUUUUAUCAUGUGACAGGCCGUGUCAUCACUUAGACUGGCCAAUGAUUUGCAGAGUGAAGCUGACUCUUGAACCUUUCCACACACUCAGCAAGGCCUGUGGAAACUGCCCAGCCAAUGAGACCGCUUGUCUUGCCAAGUACUGUGUGUCCGCUGACGGGCAUCAUAGAGGAAUUCUUACCGCGAAUCGGCAACUGCCUGGACCCAGCAUCCAGGUCUGCGAGAACGAUAUACUGGUCGUUGAUGUCGUAAACCGGCUUCCGGGAAAGGCCGCCUCGAUACACUGGCGUGGACAAACUCAACGUGAAACUCCCUGUAUGGACGGAGUACCACUUGUGACACAAUGUCCUAUUCCAAGUUACACUACUUUUCAAUACAAGUUUCGGGCUUCUGUCCCUGGGACUCAUCUCUGGCACUCGCACUCUGGUGUCGAUGUAGCGAACGGUAUCUUCGGAUCGCUAAUUGUGCGGCAAGCAGACGCUCGAGAGCCCCACCGCUUGUUGUACGACGUGGACGACCCAAAUCACGUAUUGCUGGUCUCGCAGUGGCACCACUCAAUAGUGACGGACACGGUGGCCGGUCAAGCGAACAAGAAGCCAGCAUUGCUGCUGAUAAACGGCAGAGGCCAUCAACCAAACGGGCCCCAGGUUCCCUUGUCGUCUUUCAACGUCACCCGGGGACUGAGGUACCGGUUCAGACUGGCCCACGCAGGUGGCGCUGGAGCGUGUCCUAUAACAUUUGCCGUGGAAGAGCAUCCGCUGACGCUCAUUGCUCUGGAUGGGAAUCCCGUGGCGCCUCUGAAAGUCAAAUCAAUAACUCUGGCUAAAGGAGAGCGCGCUGACUUUGUUCUGAGGGCUGACAAGAUCGCGUCCAGCAAGGAUGUUUAUUCCAUCAAUGUUUAUACAGACAAAGGCUGCCAUGCGACGGUGAUUGGAUCUGCCUUGCUGAGAUAUCAAGGCGUCAUCUCAACUGAGGAUUCCUCUCCUGUGAAUCCUCUUGACAAACAAGAUCAUCUUGUUGAAAUGACCACCAAUCCCUCGGACAGAUGCAAUUCUCCUGGAAAUGUUUGCUCCACGGAAAUAAAGGCAACAACUAAUUUGCCAACUGCUUUGGAAACGCCAGAUUUGACUAUUUAUCUUCCUAUUAAUCAGCGGAUGCAGCCAGCUGAAAUUUUGGGAGAUCUAGAGAUGAGGGUGAUGAGCAUCAAAAAUAAGACAUUCACUUACCCGUCCUCGCCGCUGCUAACUCAAGGCCCGGAUGUCCCUCAGGAAAUGUUAUGCAAUGAGAAUGAGCAUUACUCCGAGACAUCUGCACGGUGCCGUCAGCACAAUGGUAACGCUGCGUGCGAAUGCGUCAAUACUCGUCGCAUUCCCGUGGGGUCCAGUGUCGAGAUUAUUCUCAUUGACCAAGGCUACUGGAUGUUGCGUGACGAAAAUGCUCUCGAGUGGACUCGCGGUCUCGACGUUAUUCUCCAAGUCGGAGACCCUGGUGACAUGGUACCGCCACCGCAGGAUUUUCCCAAGUGCGGAUCCUUUUAUGACAACAUGUCCUGUUUAUCAGCGCUGCGCUCGCAAAUAUUGAGCUUCGUAUCAGUGCCUCAUGAGAUUCUUUCACUGCGUCACAAGGUCCUGCGUGAGUAUGCCAAGGUCCUUCUGGGACCUGAUUUCAGUCACACAUUCCCCUCGUUUAUCCUCAUCACCGCGGUAUGCGUCGCUCUUAAACGCUGCUUGAGCUUACGGUGGCUGCCUGUCACAACCAACAAGACAUUUCUUCAGGCUAUUCUUCAGGCUGUCUUUAGCUGGGUUGUUAUCAACGCUGCGCUCUGGUACUGGCUGAUCAUUCAGAGAGUUCUUUACUGCACAGUCUGGAAUUAUUGGGAUGAUGAAGAAGCUAUGAAAGGAAAUCCACUAUGGUGGAAGAAAGUCUGGGCUUCAUAUGACCCGUUGCAGCCAGAACCCAAUUGGCUGUCUCCUGACUUUAUAAGUUGGACAUUGUCGAUGACUCUUGCCACUUUUUUCUAUUUAUUUGUUAUAUAUGUCGAUUAUAUAACUUACUUCGGAAGAAAUGUUUUAGCUACGCUGUGGGGGCUGAUAACCUUCAAAGUUCUUAGAGAAAUUCCCGCUAAAAAAAUCGAAGAAGAAGACGAUGCAACAGACAAAAGCGAAGCAGGUUCGGUGUGCGACCACUGCAAUCUCGAGAUAUCAGACAGCAGAUCCUACAAUUUGCUCCGCGAAGAAUCUCCAGUCUCCUACGGGAAUUGGCAUCCCGGAUCAGGAUCUUCCACCGGGAAGAAUCACCGAAAGUUGCGCAACCGGCGGAGUCCUAUACGUAGCAGCUCCAGCGAGAAGUCAACCGCCCGC